AUGAACAAACUGAUGAAUGAAAUGGAAAGUCAGAAAGAGUUAUUACUCACUUAUGAACAGACCCUGUCUCACAAAGACUCGAUUGUGGCAAAUGUCACUAAUGCUAUUCAAAAACAGGUUUGUUGAAUGGUUCAGCGUCAGUUGUCAGGGUGCAAAGAAAGUUAGUUUCACAGCCUGCCAUUCGGGCAAGCUGUAGCCAGCAUGUACUAGCCAACAAGUCAUUUCAACUAGCCCCAAAACCCUUAUUGAUUGGCAGGAUUGAUUACCAUCCUUCUGUAAUUUGAAUUUCCCAAAAACACAGCACUUGCCCGUCGGGCAAGUUAAGGACAAAAAUCACUAGCCCGAUAGCAAAAUCCACUAGCCCCGGGCUAUCGGACACGACUUUCUUUGCACGCUGAUUGUAGUGAUAAUAACAGCCUUUUAAAGUAAGUAAGUAAGUAAAGACUUUAUUUAAUGAGGGUUAGCACGAAAUAGCCGGGGCUAAUAAACUUGUGGCCUGUGUCACGGCAGUCCAGUUCAUUUUGUUUAAUUUUGCCAAUUACUCGCCCUCAAUCGCUAUGGAACUUGAAGUAAGCAAAGAAAUCACAUGUAAAUGACAAAACCAGGGAUCCGAGACAAACAAAUAUGUCUUCUUGAGCAUUAUUUUUGAAGUUGCAAGCAGCAGGGAUCAAGUUUGAAAAACUGUUAGGCUGAACAGUUUUCAAAAGCCCUAAUUUCAAUCCGUUUCAGUCUUCUUCAGUUUUGCCCAUCCGUGGCAUCUGUUAAUUCUGUUAAGUUAUUUUAACCUUCCUUGAAAGUUUUAAGCGGUUAUUUUUAUGUUUCUCUUAAUUUAACGGGCAUUUUGUAAUUUCAUAAUUUGGCUGAAUUUCGUGACACAGCUCCUUUAAACUGAUGAAUAAAAUGGAGAAGAGUUUGUACUCACUUAAGAGUAGACCCUGUGUUACAGAAGACAAAAGACUCAAUUGUGGUUCAUUGUCAGUUGGAGCGAUAAUUGCAGAAAUGCUACAGAAAUAAUUGAGGGAUAAAUCUCAUACCCAGGCCAGCCACCAAUUUGCAUCUCGUGGAAGAGAAAACGUCCUAGUGUGUUUAAUACGCUUCUUUCUUUAAAGCUCUCAAACAAGUGGCCGCCUACUCUAGAAAUGCUCCUAAGCCACAAAAAUGUCUUUGUUUGUUGCUUGCGUUACUCUCGUACAAAAGCCAAAUACUUGUUUUGUCUUUACAUUCAAUACUGGCCUGCGUGUUCCAUCACAGAAAGAAAGAAGUGAGCUGCUAAGGGCUUUUACAGUGUGGAAACUACGGCAUUGUGAUGAAAAGAGAGAGGUUAGUCGCUUAACUUCUGAUUUCCAUUACGAACUAGAGCUUUUUGAACUAUGUCUGUGUUAGUCGUUUUUGAGUUUUUUGUUGUUGUUUAAAGUGGACAAUCAAGUUUUCGUAAACAGGAACACUUUUUUCUUAUUGACGUACAUGAUUUUAAAACUGAAUCAAUUUAAAUGACCUAUUUUGUUGAGGUUGCCUCUUCAGGGUUUUGCUUCCAAGCUUGCCAGGAGACACUAUAACCACACCCUUCAGUCACGUGCCUGGACUGCUUGGCGUUCUGUUAUCGAAUCCAAAUGGAAACAAAGAGUAGAGAAAGCCUGUCAGGUAAGCUCUUGCAUGACUUUAUCAUAACUCUUUUCAGACAAAACAAUUUAAACUAGAUUCGCAACUAAAUAGCAGUGUUUAUUUCACACCUUGUCGAAUUUUGGCGGUUCCCCAAUGAAAGCUUUGCAUCUUGAACGCUUCAAUAUUUGAAGGUUUUAUUCAUCUUUUCAAAGGCCAAAGCUCAAGACGUGUGCGUGAAGUUAACGGAGGAUUACGAAAGUCGACUUCAAACGGUAAGUUUUUGAUGUGCAGUAGAAUAAAGAGUAAUUUUUUCAGACUUCUGUUACAAAAGGAAAUGCUUAGUCAAUCAUCUCUUUAAAGUUUUGUGACUAUACUUCUUCUUCACCAUCUGUGAUGUUACUUUCAUGUUUAACAGGGUAAAUAAUGUUGAAAUAAGUUUGUAGUUAACAUCCGUUUAAAGUAUAGUUUAUGAGAGACUUUUUACACUUUCUUCAAAAAUGGGUAAAAGAUUGUAAUGAGCGGAUGUUCAUGUUUUAGGCUAACCGUGAGCUCGAGAUGGCGCGAACUGAGAUUGCUCGCCUUCAUGCCGAGAGGGAGCGUUAUGAAGAAACCAUGAAGAAAGCAUUCAUGCGUGGAGUGUGUGCUCUCAAUCUUGAGGCCAUGAGCAUGUUCAGAGAAGGAGAAGAGGGUGGAAGAAGACCCCCACCACCUGCUAGCAGCAGU